AUGUCUCGGAGGACGGCUGAGGAAAUGACGGGAGGAAGUGAGCGUAUAAAGUCGUCACCAGAGAAGCGCGCUCGUCAUGAGCAGACCGCAAGUGGCAACAGCGCUGAUGGCGGGGACACCCCGAACAAUGGCUCUGCCGUGACAGGCCGCCCUUUCUCCGACUUCGAUCUACUGCCAAGCACGCUUGAGGCACUCAAGAGCCAGGGGAUUACCACACUAUUCCCUGUGCAGGCCCUCACAUAUGAAGCGAUCAUGAAGGGGUCUGAUGUGUUAGUACAGGCGCGAACAGGGAGCGGCAAGACACUUGCCUUUGGCAUUCCCAUCGUUGAGAAACUCACCCGCAUGGUGAAGGGCAACGAACCUCCUGUGCGGGGGCGCGGCCCUGCUGCCGUUAUUUUCUGCCCCACCCGUGAACUGGCCAUUCAGGUACGGGAUGUCAUUGCUGGCAUCAGUAGGGGAUUUGUCGUCUCCGCACUCUACGGUGGUGUGGCGUACAGCACGCAGGAGAGGGCUCUCUACAGUGGUGUAGAUGUUGUGGUGGCGACGCCGGGUCGUGCGAAGGACUUUUUGGAAAAAGGCACACUUCGCUUUGAUCGUGUAAGUGUGGUUUGCCUCGACGAGGCGGAUCACAUGCUUGAUAUUGGAUUCAAGGAUGAUAUUGAGCUUCUCCUACAGAAGGUAGCGGAACAGAACGGAUCGACGGAGGAAAAGCCAAAGCACCAGACCCUCUUGUUCUCCGCCACGGUGCCAGAUUGGGUUCACACCUGCUCCUUCAUCUCGAGAAACAAGGAGUUUAUUGACAUGGUUGGACAAGGGACGAUGCGUGCCGCCGACACCAUCAAGUUUUACCGCCGCAAGUGUCACUUCAGCGAGGUGUCAUGCAUGCUGGCAGAUCUUGUAAAAGUGUAUAGUGGACGCCACGGCCGCACGCUCGUCUUUACAAACACUAAGAAGGACUGCCAUGAUUUGUCCAUUAAUAACACAAAACUGGACUCUCAGUCGUUACAUGGCGACAUGCAGCAGGAGCAGCGGGAGAGCACUAUGAAGAGUUUUCGGGACAAUAAGUUUGGUGUUCUUAUCGCCACCGAUGUGGCGGCGCGUGGGUUGGAUCUGCCCAUGGUGGACCUUGUCAUUCAGUGUGCCCCUCCCACCGACAUCGACGCCUUUAUUCAUCGUGCCGGUAGGACUGGCCGCGCUGGCCGCAAAGGCGUGUGUGUGCUCUUGCAUCAGCCGAAGGACGAAUACAUUGUGGAACGCAUUGAACGGCAUGCAAAGAUUAAGUUUGAAGUACUUCCUGCACCGACACGGGACGAGAUUCUCAGGGCUGUUGCAAGAGAUGCGGCGGAGGACUUGGCGCGGGUGGAGCGUGGUGCUACCAACCUUUUCAUGGAUCAGGCCGCAGAGUUACUAAAGGACGCAGACGCGACAGAGAUUCUGGCCUCCGCUAUUGCAGUUAUGAGCGGCUACACCAGCAGCAUCACACGACGUGGUCUAAUCACUGGGGCGAAGGGAUCUGUAACGAUUCAAAUGCUGGGGCAGCGCGCUCUGCCUAUCCCUGUCUUCUGCAGUAUUCUCCGCAACAGUCUCGGCGACAACCUCUUCACGCGAUGCAGAGACAUCACACUUCUGCAGGAGACACCUGGAUGUGUGUUUGACGUCCCAGAGGAGGCGGCGGACCAGAUCCUCUCAACCCCCAUCCGUGGGAUGGAGCUCAGCAUCAUUGAGACCCUGCCGCCUAUCAUUGCGCGGGAACUGAACAGCAGCAACCGUGGAGGUGGGAGUCAAGGCCGCUUUAACGGUCGUGGUGGCAAUGGUGGCUACCGCGGUGGUGGCGGCGGUGGCUACCACAGUGGCGGCAGCGGUGGCUACCGCGGUGGUGGCGGCGGUGGCUACCACAGUGGCGGCAGCGGUGGCUACCGCGGUGGCGGCGGCGGUGGCUACCACAGUGGUUAUAAUGGUGGUGGUGGUCGUCAAGUUCAUCGACGCUACUAA